AUGGCUUCGAGCGGCGGGGGGCUGCGGCGGCGGCGCGGGGGGCAGGCGGAGGAGGAGGAGGAGGGGGGCGAGGCUCCUGGCCAGCCCCAGGCCCCUCCAGGCCAGCCCCUGCGCCCGGGCACCUUCUGGCUGACGCGCCUGGCUCUCCUGCGCGCCACCGCCGCCCUGUACUUUGUCGCUUUUUUGGUGGCUUACCACCAAAACAAGCCGCUGGUCGGUGAGAAGGGCCUUUUGCCUGCCAAGCUGUACUUGGAGAACGUCAAGGCCUACUUCAAAGGGAAGACGAACUUGGAGGCCGUCAGCUAUGCCCCGACUCUCCUCUGGUUCCUGGACUGGUCUAGCAUGGACGGCAUCCUGGAUGGCUUCGCGCUGGCUGGCUUGGGGAUCUCAGUGUUCAUCUUGGUCACCGGCUGUGCCAACAUGAUUCUCAUGACUGCCCUGUGGGCUCUCUACCUCUCGCUGAUUAACGUCGGACAGAUCUGGUAUUCCUUUGGGUGGGAAUCUCAGCUUCUCGAAACGGGUUUCUUAGGGAUCUUCCUCUGCCCAUUAUGGACGCUCUCCCCAUUGCCCAAACACACACCCCCUUCCCGCAUCGUCAUCUGGGGUUAUCGAUGGCUUAUCUUCAGAAUCAUGCUGGGAGCGGGAUUGAUUAAAAUUCGCGGGGAUCGCUGCUGGAGAGAGUUGACUUGCAUGAACUACCAUUAUGAGACUCAGCCUGUGCCCAACCCCGUUGCCUUCUAUAUGCAUCGGUCGCCUUUGUGGUUCCAUCAGUUCGAGACCCUCUUCAACCACUUCGUAGAGCUGUUGGUGCCGUUUUUUAUCUUCCUGGGGCGGCGCAUGUGCAUCCUCCAUGGGGUUCUGCAGAUACUCUUCCAGGUGCUCCUCAUCGUUAGCGGGAACCUGAGCUUCCUGAACUGGUUGACCGUGGUCCCCAGCCUCGCCUGCUUCGACGAUUCCUCCUUGGGGUUUCUUUUCAGCUCCGGAGCCAAGGGCUUCAAGGCUCAAAUACUGCAGAUGCAAAGCGAAGAGUCCAAAGGAAAAGGAACAUCUUCGCGAUACGGCUGCUACAUCCGAAAAGUUGUGAACGUAUCCUUCGGGGUCCUGAUCGCCUAUCUUAGCGUUCCGGUGGUGGUGAAUCUGCUCAGCUCCCGGCAAGUCAUGAACACGUCCUUCAACCCCCUCAGGAUAGUCAAUACCUAUGGGGCGUUCGGAAGCAUCACCAAAGAGAGAACCGAGGUCAUCAUUCAAGGGACGUCCAGCCCAGACCCCAAUGACCCGGCUGCGGUUUGGGAAGAGUACGAAUUCAAGUGUAAGCCUGGGGAUCUGCGCCGGAGGCCCUGCUUCAUCAGUCCGUAUCACUAUCGUCUGGACUGGCUGAUGUGGUUUGCUGCCUUCCAGACCUACGAGCAGAACGAAUGGAUUGUCCACUUGGCCGGAAAACUGCUGGCCAAUGAGAAGGAAGUUUUGUCCUUGAUGGCUUUCAAUCCAUUUGAGGGCAAGGCACCCCCCAGAUGGGUCCGAGGAGAGCAUUUCCGGUACAAGUUCAGCCGGCCAGGAGGGAAGCACGCCGGGGACGGAAAGUGGUGGAUCCGGAAGAGGAUCGGGCCCUACUUCCCGCCCGUCAACCUGGAGGGGCUGAGGAAAUAUUUCGAGGCCCGCCAGUGGCCUCUGCCGUCAGUGAACUGA